CUUUGGCGGUAUUCCAAUUGUAUGAGAAGCUCCGACUUCAACAGGAGGGAGUAUCAGGCGUGUUGGCCAAGGCUGAAAUAGCUUACAAUCAAGGGAGACUUUGGCAUCAACUCUCUGUCUUCCAUCUAGCUGAUAGGCUCUAUAGACAGGCCUUGAGUAUUAUCCAUGAAGCUGAAAGCAAUGGCAAGAUGUAUUACGAAGAUGAA